AUGGAAAUGACUCAGAAGCAAACACGAGAGAAUCAUUUGCUAGAGCCGAAAAAUAUGCAGCGAGGUGGCAUCUUGGAAGGUCAAGCAAACCAACAUAUUGAAGACCAGAACACUAUCAUUGAUAAGCUACACAGAAAGCUUGCUAUUCAUGAGCAAAACGAGCUUAAAGCAGCACAGACAAUUGAUAUGUUGACGAGGCAGGUGGAGGCACUGCAAGUGACGACGGCUCGAGCGGAAGAAGCUCAGCGUAACGCAGAAGCGGACUAUAUUCUUAGACACUUUGUUGGUAACGAAGAUGAUACAGCUAACGGAAGUGGUUCAGCUUCGAAAGAGCGGCAGUUUGAGUUGGCACAUAUGGCAAAACUGCAAGCCUUGACUCGAGUGAGCGAGCUUCAAAUCGAAGUAACUUUGAUCCGAGAUGUUGCGGAGGCUUUGAGUCGAGAGCUGCAAGAUGUUAAAGAUGCCAAAAGUGAAUUAGAAGAUGAAUUCCAGAAAACAGUUAGGCUGAAAAGCGAGGUACAAUAUGAGCUGCAGCAGCUGAAAGAUGCCUCGGAAAUGUCCUGUUUGAGAGAGCCAAAUGUGAAGACUGUCGAAUCUGCCGUUGCAGAUGACCAGAUGAUUUCGAUGCCGAGCGUGUGCCAAAAAUUAGUGACGACAUUAAAAGCUCAAGUGAAGACACUAGCGGACGAUAAGAAGAAGCUGAACGAGGCGAUAAGCUGUUGUCAGCAAGCAGCUGACAGCCGUUUUAAAGCUCUGGUAAAAGACCAACAGAAAAUUGAAGCGGAGAAUUAUCAACUUCGUACUGAUUUGACUCGUCUACGACAAAAUACCAAAGAUAUAAGAUUAGAAUUUCGUAAGCUUGAAGAGGACAGCACUGACGGAAGUUUAGCGGUAGAAGAGCUGAUGCAUGUCUUACAAACACAAGCGCUUCAAAAAGAGCUUACCUGUCGUAUUCACGACAUUGAACAAAAGGUUGCGGUAUUGGCUGAUACGGAAGCCCGAAACAAGAGCCUUGUAGUGGAACGGAGCGAGCUUCUUAAGCAGUUGAAAGCGGAACGUUGCCAUUCUAGCGAGCUAGCUCACUCAAAUAAAAUUUUAAAAACGGCGACAGAGACGGCUUUAAAUCAGCUUAGAGAAGUAGAAAGCGAGCUGUGCGCUAUAAGCAGCGAUCGCGAUUCAAGUGUAAAGCAGCACGAAAAUGUUGCAACGCUGGCGAGGCGGGUCAUCACGGAACUGAAGAGACAGCAAGCUGAAUCUAUGGAUGCUGCUGUGGCAUCGAUGCAGAUAUAUCACUUAACGUCUUCACUGAGAACACACCUUCAACAUCUACGUGCGCUUCGCAAAACGUAUGAUAAUAAUUUAUUAUCAGGCAACAGUGAAUCUGAGUCUGAUUCUGAUUCUGAAAUCAUCACGUUCACCAAGUAUGAAGAACUUCUCGUUGAAGAUACCAUGCAAAUUCAAAGCGGCUGUCUCAAAAAAGACACUACUUCAAUGUAUGCUAAAGCAUUAGUGCACCAGUCACCUCAGCAGAAGUGUUGA